AAUCACUUCCUGAUAUAGUGAAAAGUUGCAUCACAUGGCAACAGUAAUCAGGCAACUUUUAUAUCAAAAUCUAUAAAAUCUUCGGUCGAUGUAGUGAUCAAUUUCAUUUUGAAAGUUGCGACUACCUAUAAUUUUCUCAAGGAACUUUAAAGAAUCAAAAAUGAAAAAAUUUCUUGUGAUUUUAAUGACAAUCUGUAUUGUGACAUCAAAUCCAAUAUUAUCGUCAUUUCCUACCAAUUUAGAUAAACAAAAAGUGGAAACUUCGAAAAAUAUAAUAAAUCAAGUUUUUAUUACUAUUAAUUUAAAUAAUACAAAUAAUACAGUUAUUCCUGUGAAACUUGAUGAUUUUCAAAAUAAUGCAUUAAAAAUUUGUGAUAAUGAAAAUUCUACAAAUUCUUCAAAUUCAACAACAGAGAGACCACCUACAACAAUAACAACCGAUAGACCUUCGACAACAUCUCAUCCAUAUUUUACAACAACAUCAAAAUAUCGUCCGACAACAAUUUAUCCAACAUAUCCAACAACAUAUUUUCCAUGGACAACAUAUACGACACAACGUCCAACAACGCACUAUCCAUGGACAACAACUCCGUGGUGGAGUAAAAAUUAUUAUCGAAUGAAUAAAAAAGCAAGAAAAUAAUAAAUAGAAACAAAAUUGAAAAUUUUAUAACAACCAAUCAAUAAAAUCGAAAAAUAUAUAAGACAAUUUUCUACAACCUAUAUAUUAUCCAAUGACUAAUAACGCCAGAAAAUCGAAAAUAGAAACGAAAUUAAAAAUGUUAUCACUAUUUUAAAUAAUAAAAUCGAAAAAUAUGAAUGUGAAGAUUUUGUGAAAAAUGUGAAUUUUAUAAAUUUGGACAACAAUAAAAUUUUAAAUAUAA